AUGCCGGGGGUCUCCGCCCGCGGCCUCUCUCUGGAACAGAGGAGGCAACUAGCUGUGAACCUCACCCGUGUCCUGGCGCUCUACCGUUCCAUCCUGGACGCCUACAUCAUCGAAUUUUUCACAGACAACCUGUGGAGCACACUCCCUUGCUCUUGGCAGGAAGCACUAGAUAGCCUGAGCCCACCACAGCUGGCCACACUGCUGCUGGGGAUGCCUGGGGAAGGGGAGGUGGUCAGGUACAGGUCAGUGUGGCCACUCACUCUGCUGGCCCUGAAGUCCACAGCCUUUGCCUUGGCUUUUACCCGAACACCUGGGUUCCAGACUCCUUCAGAGUUCCUGGAGAACCCUAGUCAGAGCUCCCGACUGACUCCUUUGUUCCGGAAACAUGUCAGGCCCAAGAAGCAGCAUGAGAUCCGGAGACUGGGCGAGUUGGUGAAGAAGCUGAGUGAUCUCACAGGCUGCACCCAGAUUGUGGACGUGGGCUCAGGCCAGGGCCACCUCUCCCGCUUCAUGUCUCUGGGGCUGGGGCUGCUGGUGAAGAGCAUUGAAGGGGAUCAAAGACUAGUGGAGAGAGCCCAGCGCCUGGACCAGGAGCUCCUGCAGGCUCUGGAGAAAGAAAAGAAGAGGAAUCCACAGGUCCAAGCUGACUCUCGCCACCCCCCACACCACGUGGUGAGGUGGGUAGACCCCACAGCUCUGUGUGAGGAGCUGCUGCUUCCACUGGAGCCCUCACCUCAGGGUAGGGCCCGCUUGCUGUUAACAGGCCUCCAUGCCUGUGGGGAUCUGAGUGUAGCCUUGCUGAAGCACUUCUCCUGCUGCCCUGACGUGACAGCCCUGGCCUCAGUGGGCAGCUGCUACAUGAAACUGAGUGAUCCUGGUGGUUACCCACUGAGCCACUGGGUCGCUAGCCUGCCUGGCUAUGAACUGCCCUACAGGCUUCGGGAAGGGGCCUGCCAUGCCCUGGAGGAGUAUGCUGAGCGGCUCCAGAAAGCAGGUCCUGGCCUCCGAACCCACUGCUACCGGGCAGCCCUAGAGACUGUCAUCCGGUGUGCCCAGCCUGAGCUCCGUCGACCAGGCGUGCAGGGGAUCCCCAGGGUUCACGAGCUCAAGAUUGAAGAAUAUGUGCAACGGGGGCUGCAGCGAGUGGGGCUGGAUCCCCAGCUGCCCCUGAAUCUGGCUGCCCUUCAGGCCCACCAGGCCCAGGAGCACCGAGUGGUAGCCUUUUUCAGCCUGGCCUUACUGCUGGCCCCACUGGUGGAGACGCUGAUUCUGCUGGACCGGCUGCUCUACCUUCAGGAGCAGGGCUUUCAUGCUGAGCUGCUGCCUCUCUUCAGCCCUGAACUCUCUCCCAGAAACCUGGUUCUGGUGGCCACCAAGACGCCCCUGGGUCAGGCCUUCUCUGCCCUGGAAACUGAGGACAGCUGA